CUGACUAGUAUGUGUGAAGAUGCAUCAAGUCCACGUCUUCAGAGUGAUAAAGUCUCACGGGGAUCCUGCACAAGUGCAGAAGUGAGUGAGACACCUGACCAGUCCAGCUGCAGCCACUCGUUGAUCACAAAGCUGGAUGCUGCAGAGUCUCGCUGUGUGAAGCUGGAGCAACAGUUGGACCUGCUGAGGAGGAUGUGUCACACCCAAACACACAAGACCGACCUGCUGAAAGAACAGGUUCACCACUUCAACGUUGGGCCAAGCUGCAGAAGUUCUCUGGACUCUUGAGUUACCAUGAAGUCAGCCAGGUCAGCUGAUCUGAAGGUUGUCCCGUUGGCUGAGCAAGUCCAGAUGGAGAAGCUGGAAAGGCUGCAGCAGGACCAUGUCAGGAUCACACACAGGCAGACUGACACACAGGCGAAGAUUCGGGAGCUGCAGAUGAAAUUGCACGAGGAGGAGCACCACAGAAAGCUGAUGCAGGAUCAGAUGAACCAGUUAUGCACGGGUUUGGAGGCUGAUCAGCUCCUUCUGCAGUCCAGAUCACCGCCUUUAACCACGACACAACCCAAAGAAAAGACGUCCAAUACAAAGAAAUUCGUACCUCAGCAGACGUCAUCUGUGAAGCCACACUACCGACUUAACCGGAGAGAUGUGGAUUUUGUUGUUGGAAUGUCUACAGGCUGCAACCACCCAGUCAGAGACAAAAUCCCAUCAGUUUUAUCUUCCCUCAAGAAGCACCAGCUGCUUCUCUCCAACAAACCAGUGCUGAACACCCCUGAGACUGAUCAUGGACAUUCCAGCAAAUCCUCCUCUGGAACUGAUAAGCUCUCAGAAUUACUACAAGCCCUGCUGGAAGAACAGCAGCUCAUGAGCAGGAAGCACGACAAGUUCACGAGGCAGCUGGAAGAGAGCAUGUCGAAAGAGGAGAGAAAAGCUCUUUACAGGGAGCAGGAAAGGCUGCUGCUGGAAAUGGAGAAGAAGGGAGACCAGAUCGGUAAACUCUACCGACAUCAAAGACAGGUUAAACAUGUCCAGAAAGAGGCCAAAACUCAGAAGGGUCAUGGAGACAAGGAGAGAAGGGCUACGACAGCGGCCCCUAGAGGUCACCCUGCUGCACAGCUCAAACCCAGACCAGGAGAACUCAGCAGUAGGAAUUUGGGGCUGUUGAGGGACUUGAAGAUCAGUGCAGGCUUCACUAAAGACCUGAGCCUCUGUGCACCUUCAGCAAUAAAAGAUGGCGUUUCUUCUGCAGUCCCUCGACUGAUGGUCAACAAAUGCAGCUGAUUUUUAAAUACUGAUGAACUUUUGUACACUUUAAUAAAAAAGCUGGUUUGUUAUCUUCAUAUCAGAUUUUUUAAAAUUUUGGCUGUUGU